GGUUAUGUAGCAUUUUGAUUAGUUUAUAUUAGGUUGGUAAUCUUACUAAAAUUCAUAAAAUAUUCAGGAAGAGCAUUAAAAAUGGUCAAUUUUACGGCCAGUCAUGUUUGCAACGACACAAUAUCAGCAUUAUCAGAAGGACCUAUUGGAUAUAACCGGUGUAUAUUCAUGUCUGUAGUCAACGCUCUGGUGGCGACACAAUGUGCUAUCACCUCACCAGAUCAAUGGCCUAGAGAUCGAACUGAAGAUGUUUUAAAAGUACCAGAAUUUGACUUCAUAAUCGUGGGAGCUGGCUCGGCAGGCUCAGUAGUUGCAAACAGACUGACAGAAAAUCCUGAGUGGAAUGUACUCCUCAUAGAGGCUGGAGGGAAUCCAUCCCUUGAAUCUGAGAUAGUUGGUAUGUUUUUUGAGAAUUUCCACUCUCGAAACGAUUGGAAAUAUAGAACCGAACCAGAAAAACACUCUUGUCUUGCAUGCACAAAUAACCAGUCAUAUUGGCCCAGAGGUAAAGGGUUAGGUGGAAGCAGUAGCAUAAAUGGCAUGUUCUAUGUGCGUGGCCAUAAAGCUGAUUUUGAUGAGUGGGAAACUCUUGGUAGUAAAGGAUGGGGCUUUGACAAUGUACUCCCAUAUUUUAUAAAAAGUGAAGGGUUGACGGAUGAUAACAUAUCACGAGAGGAAAAAGAAAUUUAUCAUGGCAUUCAAGGAUAUCUGAACGUUGAAAAAUUUAAUGAGAAUCCUUUUAGUAAUGUUAUUGUUGAUGCCUACAAACAAAUGGGUAUACCAAUAAUUGAUGAUAUUUAUGGCAAAUACAACGUUGGUGUCCUCAAGACUCUAGCUACAGUAAAAAAUGGUCGCCGUAUGAGCACUGCCCGUAGUUUUCUGGCACCAAUAAAGGAUAGAAAAAACCUUUUUGUAUUGAAAAAUACCCUAGUUACCAAAAUUCUUAUUAAUGACCAUAUAGCUAAUGGCGUGCAGAUUGAUCAGUAUGGGACGAUAUCUGAAAUAUUAGCCACGAAAGAAGUGAUUAUAUCUGGUGGUACAAUCAACUCACCACAGCUACUCAUGCUUUCAGGAAUUGGACCUAAGAAUCACCUUGACAAAUAUGGUAUUCCAGUUCUGGCAGACUUGCCAGUGGGGCAAAAUCUGCAAGACCAUGUAGUUAGCCACAUGUUCAUAAGGCUAGAUCAAAAUAAGGAUGCCGAAGCUUUUGAUGAAGCUAAAUUUGGUUCUCUGUUAGCGGAAUAUAUUAUCACACAAAGAGGUCCAUUUGCUGGUGGGGCACCAAACGACGUCAUGUCAUUUGUUGAUGUUUUUAAUAUUACAAAUAUUGUUCCAAAUAUUCAAUUUAUGAAUAUUAUGACACCUCCUAAUUUUCAUAAAAAUUUGGAUACCUACCAAAUGUACGAAUUCAAUGAUGAAAUAAUAAAUAUUGUACAUAAUUUACAAAAAAAUCCUCUACUUACAAUAAUGAGUGUAUUGCUAAAACCAGAAUCUAGGGGUGAAAUCCUUUUAAGAAGUAAUAAUCCUAAAGAUAAAGUCCGCAUUCAUGCAAACUACUACCACGACAAUCGAGAUAUAGUAACUAUGAUUAAUGCGAUGAAACUGGCUGAAAAAAUUGCAGAGACACCUUCAUUGAAAGAUUUAAAUGCGACCGUAAUUAAUCUAAGUUUAAAAGGCUGUAUGAAUUACCAAUUUAAAAGUAAGAAAUAUUAUCAAUGUAUAGCUCAACACAUCACCACAUCGUGUAGUCAUCCAGUAGGAACUGUUAAAAUGGGAUCAGAAGAUGACGCGACCGCUGUAGUUGAUCCUCAACUGAAAGUUCAAGGUAUCAGGAAGUUGAGAGUAGUGGAUGCGAGUGUCAUGCCCACAAUAGUACGGGCUAACACUAACGCUGCAACCAUCAUGAUUGCUGAAAAAGCAUCGGAUAUGAUAAAGGACGAUUGGAGAUGAUUUCUAGGCAAGUUAAUCUAGGAAGGCUAGAUUACUAAAAUUUGAGAAUUAGAUAAGGAUUUGUUAUUUAUCAUAUUUUGAUAAUUAUGAACAGAAAACCCACAGCUAUACUACUGAAACUAGCAAUGUGCUGUUUGUGUAAAUAUAGACAGAAAAAAUAAAA